AGUGUCUGUCUGUCUGUCAUAUCUAUUUCUCGGACAGCCGCCUCUCAGCCACUGCUUCUGUACACCUCUGGACUCCAAAAUUUCAACCUCAACUCAACCUCUUCUCUGACAGCAAUACCUUCAAAAUUAAAAAUUAAAACAACCUUUUCUUCUUCUUCUUCUUGAUGUUUCUCCUCCUUAUCUAAUCCAAUCCUCACCUGCAAUUGCUUCAAGCUUUGAUUUUGUUACAGGGAGAAAAAAAUGGCUGGAAAAUCGAACAAGACAAGGGGCAGGAAAGGGUCGCAUAAUGCUUCCAGUUCUUCCAAUCAUGCUGAACCGUCGGCCCAAUCUGAUGUUCCUGCAAAGCAUAAUGUGGAAGGUCCAUCAGAAUCUGCAAAAGCUGAUGCUGCUGAAGUUCCUGCUGCCAGUGAUUCAACUAAUGCCAAUCCUGAGGUGAAGGAGAAUGAUGCAGAAAAUGAUGGAAGCGAACUAAAGCAAGGUGAUCUUCACCUUUACCCUGUUACAGUCAAAGCACAAACUGGAGAGAAGCUUGAGCUUCAGUUGAAUCCAGGUGAUUCUGUUAUGGAUAUUAGACAGUUCCUUCUUGAUGCUUCAGAAACAUGUUUUAUUACAUGCUAUGACUUGCUGCUUCACACAAAGGACGGGUCCACCCACCACCUCGAAGAUUAUAACGAAAUUUCUGAGGUAGCUGAUAUUACCACUGGAGAUUGCACCUUGGAAAUGGUUCCUGCGAUAUAUGAUGAUAGAUCUAUAAGGGCUCAUGUUCACCGAACUAGAGAGCUGCUUUCGCUUUCUAAUGUCCAUGCUUCACUAUCCACAUCACUUACCCUACAGAAUGAUAUAGCACAAAAUAAAGUUGCAAAUUCAGGAGAUACUUCGAAACCUGAGGUUCCUGAGCUUGAUGGACUUGGUUAUAUGGAGGAUGUCUCUGGUUCAUUGGGGAAUUUGUUAUCAUCCCCUUUGAAAGAUAUUAAAUGCGUAGAGAGCAUAGUAUUUUCAUCCUUUAACCCCCCUCCGAGCUAUAGAAGGCUUGUCGGAGAUUUGAUUUAUUUAGAUGUGGUAACUCUCGAGGGUAAUAAAUUUUGUAUUACUGGGAGUACAAAACUUUUCUAUGUCAAUUCAAGCUCAGCAAACUCUCUUGAUCCAAGGCCAAGUAAGGCCACUUUUGAAGCAACUACUCUUGUCGUACUCUUACAGAAGAUUAGUUCCAAGUUCAAGAAAGCUUUCCGGGAAAUAUUGGACGGUAGAGCUGCUGCCCAUCCUUUUGAAAAUGUGCAAUCUUUGUUGCCGCCUAAUUCGUGGCUUGGGCCAUAUCCCGUUCCUGAUCACAGACGUGACGCGGCUAGAGCUGAGAAUGCCUUGACUCUUUUGUAUGGCAGUGAGCCAAUUGGUAUGCAAAGAGACUGGAAUGAGGAAUUGCAAUCUUGUAGAGAAUUUCCUCAUACAACUCCACAGGAGAGGAUAUUACGGGAUCGGGCACUUUAUAAAGUGACAUCAGACUUUGUUGAUGCAGCCAUCAAUGGUGCUGUUGGAGUGAUCAGUGGCUGCAUUCCCCCAAUAAACCCAACCGAUCCAGAAUGCUUUCACAUGUAUGUGCACAACAACAUAUUCUUCAGUUUUGCUGUUGAUGCUGACCUUGAGAAGCUGUCAAAGAAACAUGUAGAUGCUAGUUUGAAAGCAUGUGGCACUGUGCAAAGUUCUGAUAAAUCGUCUUAUAAUCCACCUCUUGGAGAAAGUCGUCAGGUUCCCAAUGGGGGGAAAGAUGAUGGUUCAGUUUCAGAAGAACUUGUUAAUGGCACAGAAAUCACUGCCGAUGGUUCAACUGAAACUCAGUUGGCUGAGAGCGAACAGGCAACAUAUGCUUCUGCAAACAAUGAUUUGAAAGGGACCAAAGCCUACCAGGAAGCUGAUGUCGCUGGGCUGUAUAAUCUUGCUAUGGCUAUAAUUGACUACAGGGGCCAUAGAGUGGUUGCUCAGAGUGUUUUACCUGGCAUUCUUCAAGGGGACAAGUCAGACUCUCUCUUGUAUGGCUCUGUUGAUAAUGGAAAGAAAAUUUGCUGGAAUGAAGAAUUUCAUUCUAAGGUUGCAGAUGCAGCCAAACGCCUUCAUUUGAAGGAACAUUCGGUCCUUGAUGGAUCUGGAAAUGCUUUCAAAUUAGCUGCACCUGUGGAAUGCAAGGGAAUUGUUGGUGGCGAUGACCGGCAUUAUCUUCUUGAUUUGUUGAGGGUGACUCCUCGGGAUGCAAACUAUACUGGACCUGGUUCUCGAUUUUGUAUCUUGAGACCAGAAUUAAUUACUGCCUAUUGCCAGGCCCAAGCAGUGGAGACAUCAAAAUCUAAGGAGACAACUUCUCAAGAGGCUUCUAAUGUGGCUGCAGAUUCUGAAAAUGCUGCUGAAGCUGACAAAGCGGACAUUACAAAGGAAGAGAAAACAGUGACUAAGGAAGAGAAAACGGGGGAUGCCAAAGAGCUUGUUUCGGCAUCUGAUGAGGCUUCAGAUUGUCGUGAGGAAAUUGUUUUUAAUCCUAACGUUUUCACUGAAUUCAAAUUGGCUGGGGAACCCGAGGAAAUAGCAGCUGAUGAGGAUAAUGUGAGGAAAGUUAGUCUAUAUCUUACUGAUGUUGUGCUUCCUAAGUUUGUACAAGAUCUAUGCACACUUGAAGUUUCACCUAUGGAUGGCCAGACAUUAACCGAAGCACUCCAUGCUCAUGGAAUUAAUGUUCGCUAUAUUGGCAAAGUGGCUGGAGGUACUAAACAUCUGCCUCAUCUAUGGGAUCUUUGUAAUAAUGAAAUUGUUGUGAGAUCUGCAAAGCAUGUUAUCAAGGAAUUGUUGAGAGAAACAGAGGAUCAUGAUCUUGCAUUGGCUGUAUCUCAUUUCUUGAACUGCCUAUUUGGAAAUUGUCAAGCAUCCGGUGGAAAAGUUACUCCUAAUGGUGCACAAUCCAAAACUCCCAAGAAGGAACAUGCUGGGCAUCGAUCUACAGGAAAGAAAGGGCAAGCACGAUGGAAAGGCAGGACAUCUUUGAGGAAGAGUCAACCUUUAUACAUGAAUAUGAGCUCUGAAGCCUUAUGGUCAGAAAUUCGAGAAUUUGCAAUGGUCAAAUAUGAGUUUGAGUUGCCAGAGGAUGCAAGGUCACGUGUAAAGAAAAUUUCUGUUCUACGUAAUUUUUGUCAGAAGGUUGGUAUAUCUGUUGCAGCUCGUAAAUAUGAUCUUAAUUCUGCAACGCCUUUCCAAACAUCAGAUGUCUUGGAUCUCUGUCCAGUGGUCAAGCAUUCAGUUCCCACCUGUUCUGAAGCCAAAGAACUAGUAGAAACAGGAAAGCUUCAAUUAGCUGAGGGAAUGCUCAGUGAAGCCUACACAUCAUUUUCAGAGGCGUUCUCAAUUCUACAACAGGUUACUGGCCCUAUGCAUCGUGUGGUUGCCAACUGCUGUCGGUAUCUUGCCAUGGUUUUAUAUCAUGCUGGAGACAUGGCUGGGGCUAUAAUGCAACAGCAUAAAGAACUAAUAAUAAAUGAACGUUGUCUUGGUUUAGAUCAUCCCGAUACUGCACACAGGUAUUCCCUGCUCUCAAUCUUUUUGGUUAAUCUGUAUAAUGUUUUACUAUUUCUGUAUUUUUUUAGUCCUUGUAUUUUUACAUUAUUUAACUGUAAAUCAAGGGAAGAUUUAAAUGAGAAGUUGGAUCUGACAUGUUUUGGAAAUACAUGGUGUGCUACUUUUAUCAAUGUUGCAAUGAUGUAUCAGGACAUAGGAAAGAUGAACACAGCUCUUCGAUAUCUGCAAGAAGCAUUGAAGAAAAAUGAGAGGCUUCUUGGUGAAGAACAUAUUCAAACUGCAGUUUGUUAUCAUGCUCUUGCCAUUGCAUUUAAUUGUAUGGGUGCUUUCAAGCUUUCUCACCAGCAUGAGAAGAGAACAUAUGAUAUACUUGUCAAACAACUUGGUGAAGACGAUUCAAGGACGCGUGACUCACAAAACUGGAUGAACACAUUCAAGAUGCGUGAGCUGCAGACAAAUGCCCAAAAGCAGAAAGGUCAAGCUCUGAAUGCAGCUUCAGCUCAGAAAGCUCUUGAUAUCUUAAAGGCGCACCCUGAUUUGCUACAUGCAUUCCAAGCUGCUGCUGUUGCUGGAGGAUCUGGAAGUUCAGGUGCCUCUGCCAACAAGUCCCUAAAUGCUGCAGUAAUGGGUGAGGGUCUCCCAAGAGGAAGGGGAAUCGAUGAAAGGGCUGCGCGUGCAGCUGCAGAAGUCAGGAAGAAGGCUGCAGCAAAGGGUUUGCUACUACGACCACAUGGUGUGCCAGUGCAAGCCAUGCCACCCCUUACCCAACUUAUGAACAUUAUAAAUUCAGGCAUGACCCCGGAUAGCGGGGCAAGCGGUAACGCAGAGGGAGCAAAUGAAACAAAUGAUGUUCCUUCAACCGAUGCAGUGGAUGGCAAGAAAGACCAGUCACUACCUAAGCCAGAAGCCCCUGUUGGAUUAGGCAAGGGGUUGUCAUCAUUGGAUGCCAAGAAACAAAAGCCAAAACCAAAGGCUGGCGCUUGAAAUUUUGUAACAUAUAUAAGAUUUCCCUUGUUUCGAGCUUAGAAAUUCUUUUUGAGCUGCUUGGGUUGACUAGUAACCUUUUUUUCCUGUGUUUUCACUCCCUUUUUCAUAUGGGCUCCGUAUAAGGCAUCCAUGGUGAUAGGUGAAUGAAGGUGAGGUGCUUGUGAUAUCAGCACAAUUUUUUUUCCUCCUUUUUCAUCUGAUUAUUUAAUGAGAAUUUUCUAGUAAACUAAACGAUUAGCAUAUAUAGGGUAAUAAUUGUUUCAUUUUGAUGAAAUUUCUUGUAUUUGUAACCAAAUUUGGUUGUCAAUAGAAUUUAGACAAAUUCAGUGCAUAAUACAAAAUUUGUAGAAGAUUUUGAUCGCGGAAUCUGUGGAAAAACAAUAUCUUGGGAAAUGUUUA